ACCACCCGCAGAUACAAGACGAAAUUUACAGGAAAGACGAUAGGCUCCUCACCUUCUUAAAAGAUAUUUAUGUCGAGUCUAGAGAUCCACCUGCACGGGUAAAAGAUGGAGGUGGUGAACAUCUUCCAUGUAAACAGGAGGAAAAGAGACUUACAAAACUAGGCCACUUGGGAGAUCUAGAUGUUAAGAAAGUUCCCAAAGGCAAAAUUUCCAUUGUGGAGGCUCUGACGCUUCUUAAUAAUCAUAAACUUCAUCCGCAAAUAUGGACUGCAGAGAAAAUAGCAGUGGAAUACAGUCUGGAACUGAAGGAGGUCAACUCUCUUCUGGAAUUCUUCAUUCCUUUCGCUGUGCAGGAAUUUCCUAAAGAAACCAGAAAAGCUAUAAAGCCAACAUAAAAACAAUGACCAAAACCUUGUGUGAUCUCACUCGUGUCUUGAUUUUACUCUUGAGUAUAUUCAGUGUCUGAAAAGAGUUGGUAUCAUGCUAUCCAAAAAGGCUGCUUCCUUAUACCAGUAAGAUGUAUUCAAGCAAUUCCAUUCUAUAUUGGAUGGCUUCAGUUGAAUGCAGCAAUUAUAGGAUACAGAUUGUAAACCAGAAUAUAACUAAUAAGUUGUAUGAGAGCAUGUCACACAAUUCUGAUUAUCCCAUUCA